AUGCAAAGAACUUUGCGGAGGCUCGCUGAAUCAAUUGGAAGAACUCCGCUUACGCUGCAGCAAGCUCAGGCCGCCCUGCUUCCUCCGAUACCGUUGUACAGAGCUCUUCUACGUGCGCAUAGACGACUGCCAUACGAAAUGCGAUCCCUGGGAGACGCAUACAUUAAGUCAGAGUUUCGCAGUCACAGGAGUGUGGAGAACCCUCUUCACAUAAUUGGUUUUUUGUCGCAAUGGAAGAUGUACCUGGACGCUCUUCCCAGUGACCCAGAUCAGCCGUUCAAAGGGCGCAGCUUAAAUCCCGAGCUUAUUGAGAAGAUGUCUGCGGAGCAAAUCGGACAAUUAUAUGAGCUUAUGCAUGUUACCAAGGACGUCUGGAAACCUAUUGCUCCUGCAGAGGACGACUCUGCGGAGAAGAAGCAGUCGUAA